CGCAGCGCGGGGCGGCGCCGCGCUGAUGUCAGGGCGCGGGAGGCGGCGGCGGGCGGCCGGCGGGCAACGGCGGCGCGGGCAUGGCAGGCCCGCUGCGGCUCCUGGCGCUCUGGGCCGUCGCGCUGCUGCUGCUGCUGCCGCCGCCCGCCGCCCCGCGGAGGCCGCCGCCGCGCUGCGCGCCGCCCUGCAGCUGCUGGCGAGAGUCGGCGCUGUGCGUGGGGGCGGCCGGGGCGCCGCGCAGCCUGCCCGCCGGGCUCGGCUCGCUGAGCCUGGUGAACGGGACCUUCUCCGAAGUCAAGGACAGGAUGUUCUCCCACUUGCCUUCCCUGCAGCUGCUCUUGCUGAACUCGAACUCCUUUACUGUUAUACGAGAUGAUGCCUUCGCUGGUCUCUUCCAUCUAGAAUACCUAUUCAUUGAAGGAAACAAAAUUGAAACCAUAUCAAGAAAUGCAUUUCGUGGCCUUCGAGACCUGACCCACCUUUCUUUGGCCAAUAACCAUCUGAAAACUCUGCCAAGGGAUGUCUUCAGUGAUUUAGAUUCUCUAAUUGAACUAGAUUUAAGGGGAAAUAAAUUUGAGUGUGACUGCAAAGCCAAGUGGUUGUUUUUGUGGUUAAAGAUGACAAAUUCCACUGUUUCUGAUGUCCUGUGUAUUGGUCCAGCAGAAUAUCAGGAUAAGAAGUUAAAUGAUGUGACAAGUUUUGAUUAUGAAUGCACCACUACAGAUUUUGUUGUUCACCAGAUUUUGCCCUACCAGUCAGUGUCAGUGGAUACGUUCAACUCUAAAAACGAUGUGUUCGUAGCCAUUGCACAGCCCAGCAUGGAGAACUGUAUGGUGCUUGAGUGGGAUCAUAUAGAAAUGAAUUUCAGGAGUUAUGACAAUAUCACAGGUCAGUCCAUAGUGGGAUGUAAAGCCAUUCUUGUUGGUGACCAAGUCUUUGUGGUGGUGGCACAGCUCUUUGGCGGCUCACACAUUUACAAGUAUGACGAGAGCUGGACAAAGUUUGUCAAAUUCCAGGAUAUUGAAGUAUCUCGCAUUUCCAAGCCAAAUGAUAUAGAGCUUUUUGAGAUAGACAGUGAAAUGUUUUUUGUCAUAGCAGAUAGCUCCAAAGCAGGUUUGUCAACAGUGUACAAGUGGAAUAACAAAGGAUUUUACUCGUACCAGUCCCUUCACGAGUGGUUCAGGGACACCGAUGCUGAGUUUCUUGAUAUAGAUGGGAAAUCACAUUUGAUCCUCUCUAGUCGCUCGCAGGUUCCCAUUAUACUCCAGUGGAACAAAGCUUCAAAGAAGUUUGUCCCACAUGGUGAAAUCCCCAACAUGGAAGAUGUCCUGGCAGUGAAGAGUUUCAGGAUGCAAAACAACCUGUACAUAACGCUCACAAGAUUCAUUGGGGACUCCAGAGUUAUGAAAUGGAAUAGCAAACAGUUUGUGGAGAUACAGGCUCUUCCAUCCCGAGGAGCCAUGACGCUGCAGCCUUUCUCCUUUAAGAAUAAUUACUACCUAGCCCUGGGAAGUGACUAUACCUUCUCCCAGAUAUACCAGUGGGAUGGUGAAAAAAAGCUCUUUAGGCUAUUUAAAGAAAUCUAUGUGCAAGCGCCACGUUCUUUCACAGCUGUGUCAACGGAUCGAAGAGAUUUUUUCUUUGCCUCUAGUUUUAAAGGAAACACACAAAUAUUUGAACAUGUAAUCAUUGACUUGAGUUUAUGAAAAGCUGCUGGAAUGAAAUUCCUGUAGAAUGACAUUUAUAUACAAGCAAAACAGAGACCUUUCCAAGAGCAGGGUGCACCUAUGGAGUAUGAUGACAUUUUCUGAACUUUUAAAACUUGCAUAUUAAUCAGGGAGUGCAUUUACUUGAUUGCUGCAUGACAUGUCUGUUUUAUCUUUUUCAAAGACACUUUGCAACCUGCAGCCAUUCAGAGGAGAGUGCAGUGCAUUAGGAUUAAUCUUGAUGUCUCAGAGGAUGAUCUGAAUUCUACCCAGGAAAAUACCAUAAAUUGAGCAUCUCAUAGAGAAAAGGACGAGGAAGCCGUAUCGUUGAGUCUUAAACUAACAUCUCAGUAAAGGUUUUAAGAUUAGAGGCAGUUCUUUAUGGUUGCUGGUGAAUUGUAAAAGCAAACGGUAACAUUCCAGAAUAUGCUUUAUUCUGGUUUCUUGAGCUCUCUUCCCAAAAUCUGUGUCUAUUUGUGUUUAUAACCAGACCAGGAGGUUUUAACUCACUGCAGAUGAAAGGGAAAGUCAAAAUCUGUUACUAUCUUUCUUUUCUUAAUCACUGUUUCAGCAACAAAUUGUGCCCUGAGUACUUGGGUGGCCAGGAAAUAAAGGUAUGUCACUUCCAGACUGUGAUCUUAACAAGUUAAUAUAGACAGAAAGUAACAGAGGUCUGGUUGGUGCCAUGAAUAAAAAGACUGCAGAUUGAGUCCACUUUGUGUACUAAUAAGCAUUCCAGAAUGACCUUAUUCACUCUGUUCUUGAUGGUUCCAGUAGAUUCUGGGGUGUAUUAGCAAGGAAAUCAGUUCACUUAUUCUUCCAUGAGGCACAACUUAAAUUGAGUCUGUAACAUACAUUCAUGCUCUCCGUGCUGCAGCUCGUCUCUACGCAGUGAGAUGAUUUAUUCUCCAGAGCUCUUCCUCCAGCACAGCUCACAAGCAGUAAGUUCAGGUUUCAUUCAUCACAAGUUGUAUCUGGUCCUCGGCCAGGAGGUGACUUCAGUAUCACCAAAUCUUUUGAAACCAAGGCAGCGGAGCUGUUCCAAACUAGAGUGUUUUCUGCCUCCAAGAUGUAGAGUUUCCUCUUGGCAACCUGGCAAAAGCCUGGAGUCACCAUGCUGCUGAAGGUCUUGCAGGUUAAAGAAUAGGAUGUGAACAGGCCAUCUUGCUUUGGUGUUUUGGGUGGCUACAGACUAAGGCAUUCAUUCAUCUUAAAUAAGACAGUCCUGGUGCGCACUGAGCUUCUGUUGGGAUAGCAGCUGGCAUUUGUUUUCCUGGAAAGGCUCACUAACAUACUAACCAACACAGUUGUACACAGAGGCUUUUUCUUUUUUCCAUGUAUAGAUUAUGCUUCUUUAUGUUUUCAUGUCAUGUAGGUUAUCAAGUUAUUUUCUCAUGAAUUUUGCUCCUGCAUUUCUGCCUUGGAGACUUGGUGCAAAGAAAGCAGAGCAAACAAAGCUGGCCUUUGUUCUUCCAUAUUUGAGAGCAUUUCACCAUCUCUGCUGUGUGAGCUUCACGUUUUUUCCUUGAACGUGUGAAACAUGGCUUAUUACCAAAAACAGAGAUGUUCUCACAGGUUUUCCCACAUCCAGGUUGAACAGUGCUGCAGAUGAGGAUUGUGCCGAAGAGCUCCCAUGAGAAGUCACAACCUAACAGUGACCUGGAAUAUCACAGCCUUCUCCAAGUUUGCCUUGCUGCUACGAUAUGAAGUGUUAUUAUUGGCCCGUCAGAGACAUAAUUCAUUUUAUUCUGUUUUUAAAUUACAUGUUAAUUUCUUCCUGUAUGGUUGGUUUUACUUUUUAUUCUGGUUUUACUUUUAAUUACAUGGGCAACUUUGCUCAUACAGCCUCUGAAACACUGACUGGUGCUCUGCACUCCAAGUUCUAGCAAUACCUCUCCUAGGAUCAAAUUAACAAAGCCACAAAAGUAAGGAAUGGUUCACGUGAAUGAAACUUCUUACCGUUUUCCUCAUUAGCUUUUAAAAGCCUCUCUUCAGACAGCCAAUACGGCUGAUGAGCACUUUAAGAUGUGUUGUAGGAAGGCAUUUUCUAUUUCUUUCCUGUCUCGCAUGUUUAAAUACAGUCACGUAUUCUGACGAGGAGGGGCACUUCUCAGCACUUUCUUCCAGGGCUUGUUGCUAGCGCUAUGCACUCAUUGAUGGCAUACAUCCAAGAGCUAAAAGCUGGCUUAGAGAAAUUGGAUCUUGAUAUUUUCGAUUUGAGGGGAAGCAAGAGGACGGUGAGAAAGUGCUUUUGUAUCCAAUACCAGGAGAUUGUACUGUUGUGAGGCAGUCCAGGGGAUUUGAGACUCUGCUAUCAAGUUGAAUUAAAUUAAAAUGGUCUCCACAGAGACGGGCUUAAUAAAGAGGAUGAAGUGAUCAGCAAGAGCCUGGCUCGUUCACACGGGACCAGGAUAGGAAAGUGGGGGAAAUGAAUGCUGCGGGCAGGCUGCCACAGAUGUGAGGGGCUGUGCUGGGGCUUGGGGAGCUGGGCUCAGCAUCGUGCUUCAGGACAGAGCAGGAGCUGUGCUACCUGUGCUGCUGGAUUAGUGCACAGUGAGGAGAAGAAGAUCCAGAGAGAGGAUGGAACAGCACCAGUUGGUGGGGAAAAAGGGGUCAGGGUAAAUUUCUCAGGGCUUAACAGCGUCUCAUAGCCUCACUUUGCCCUUCCUGCUCCCAGGGUGAAGCAACCAAGCACCUAAAUUCUGCCUUUCCAAAUGCGACGAGGGUUCUGUCUCCUGAAUUCGGUAAUAGCAACUGUUACAGGUAGCAAAUAAUCUAUGCAUAUCCAGAAUACACUGCAGCUGUGAGAAAAUCUCACGUGAGACAGGAGGGCAGAACAUCCCACUGGUAACUUUUGACGUGUUCUAAAACGCACACACUUCUGUGAAGAGCAGUAGCUGCUGUCAACCUAGUUUUAAUGCAGUGUGCUAGCUGCAGUGGGAGCACGUGAAGGCUGUGCAUACAUUCGGCUCUUUUUAGUAAGGAGGUGGUGUACUCCGUGCUACUGACACUGUAUGUACUCUUUAAUCCACGAAUAAAAUGUAGUUACUGAG